AUGGGAUGUAUCAUGAGUCAGACGGACGACGCGGCGAGUCGAUCGAAAAAAAUCGAUCGUUUGCUAAAAGAAGAUCAGGAGAACGCAAACAAGACGGUGAAAUUGCUGCUGCUGGGCGCCGGAGAAUCGGGAAAAUCGACGAUAUUGAAACAGAUGAGAAUCAUUCACGACGUCGGAUAUACGAAGGACGAACGACGCGUUUUUCGAUCCGUCGUCUUUGGAAAUAUCAUUUUGUCACUUAACGCCAUCAUCGCCGCCAUGGAACAGCUGAAAAUCGAGUACGAAAAGGAGGAGCACAGAGCGGAUGCCAGAAAAGUGUUGGCAUUUGGAGCGACGGGAGAAGAAGACGAGAUUCCAGAUGAGCUGGCUGCACUGAUGAAGAGUGUAUGGUCGGAUGAGGGUAUUCAGAAGGCAGUCGCGAGAUCCCGCGAAUAUCAGCUCAACGACUCGGCAGAAUACUAUUUGAGUCAGCUGGAUCGAAUUUGUGAGGCCGACUACAUUCCCACGCAGGAUGACGUCCUCCGAACACGAAUCAAGACGACGGGCAUCGUCGAGACGCAGUUCAUCUUCAAGGAUAGGCUUUUCGUUGUAUUCGACGUCGGCGGUCAGCGAUCGGAGCGAAAAAAGUGGAUUCACUGCUUCGAAGACGUCACCGCGUUGAUCUUCUGUGUCGCCAUGUCCGAGUACGAUAUGGUGCUGAUGGAGGAUCGAAAAACGAAUCGAAUGCGCGAAUCGCUGAAAGUGUUCGACUCGAUUUGCAACAGUAAAUGGUUCGUCGAGACUUCGAUCAUUCUAUUCCUGAACAAAAAGGACCUGUUCGAGGAGAAGAUCAAGAAGUCCCCGCUGACAUAUUGCUUCCCAGAAUACACGGGACACGACAACUUUGACGAUGGAUCAGCAUUCAUUCAGAAGCAAUUUGAGAUUGUUAACAAGAGACAGGGAGGACAGAAGGAAAUCUACACCCAAUUCACAUGUGCCACCGACACGAACAACAUCCGAUUCGUCUUCGACGCCGUAACCGACAUUGUGAUUCGGGACAAUUUGCGCACGUGUGGUCUCUACUAG